AUGAGUGGGUUCCACCUUCGAGACAGGGAUAUAUAUGGACUGCCAGAGGAAGAGGAGGAAGAUGCUGUUUACAACAGUGGUAGAUAUGACGAUGAAGGAGAUUUUGAGAUGUCGGAUGACUACGACGAUGGGCAAGAGCAUGAGCAUGAACCAGAGCAUGAACAAGAGCAAGGUCUUGAUUCAAAGGAUCAGAAUGGUGUAGCUUCAAAUAUACUGAAAUUCUAUCCAUACGCAAAUAAUAAACUGACAAGAAGUGUCGGUACCUUCAAUCUAUCAUUGAGCAAUGUUAAUCUGCCCACAAUUAAUACAAACGUUUGUGAAACUAAUAAUAGAGAUAUGGGUUCCGCAGAUAUCAAGAGACGCGAAGAAAAUGUGGAUGAAUGCAUAAAUAGAUGGUCGCCAUUCAACGAGGAGAACCCUUCUACUCCUACCCUCAAAAGAACAGCUUCAAAAAGUGAAUUGUCCCCAUUCGUUAAUGACCCAGAAAUACUACGAAAAUGGAAAUAUAAAAAUCAAACGAACAAUUCGGUGGACUCUCCUUCGUCUAAUUUAAAGAAAACUUGGACCUCAAAUGAUGACUGGGAUAGUGAUAAUAAGGAAAACAUACAAAACACGCUUGACUCAAAACAAAAAUCACCGAAUAAACCAUACAAUGUUGCAAAACUAGAUCAAUCGGUAUUUAAAUCAAACGGUCUCGUAUCGAAAAUGUCAAAAAUAGUAGCAUCAUAUCCAAAAAAAUUGCAUAUACCAGACACCCCUGUUAAAAAAUCCCCGCUGAUGUAUAACAGUCAAUUGUCAAAUUCAUCGAUAUAUUUCCAAUCAAGUACCAUAGACGAAUCGCCAAAUAUGAAUUCUGCUGACAUUAAUCAUACUCAGAACACAUCUUUAUUCAUUCAGUCCCCAACUUUUAAGAAAACUCCCCAUAUAUUUGUGGAAGAAGUAUCUCCAGCGGUAGAUAAAGAUCCAAGCAAUAUUCAUAACAUGAAUAUUAACAAGGAAAAAAUAUUAAAUUACAAACUGGCAUCCCAAUCCAGUGCUAAUAGAUAUAAAAAAAUAAAAAAGUCAAGAAACUCUGUAAUAUUCCAAAAUAAUGAGUUGACGAACAGCAUUCAGCAAUUUACUGAUGAACUUUAUGGUUCAGACAGCAAUUACUCUCCAUCCCCAACUCAGUAUGGGAAACAAAACUCUAAUUCGUAUACGAAUAAUAAUCAUACAACUCCAACGCGACCUAAAUCAACGCCUGAAUCUCGAAGAAGUGGACAGUUAUAUUCAGAAGAAUCUGGUAAUCCAUCACCAGUACGAACAAGGAGGUUUAUUAACGCAAAAUUAUCUUCAAACCCAGAUGCUCAUUUAUUUGACAGAUUCACUAAUGUAAACGUCAUUGGCAAUGGUCAAUUCUCAAAAGUAUACCAGGUUACAUUUGAACAAACUGACAAGAAAUACGCAGUUAAAUCUCUGCAGCCGAAUAAAUACAACUCAUUCAAACGUAUAUUACAAGAAAUUAAAAUCCUGUCAGAGAUUAGUGAAAAACCGGUUGAUGAAGAUGGAAAGGAAUAUAUAAUUGACUUCAUCAGUUCAUGGAAAUAUCAGAGUUGCUUCUAUGUUAUGACAAAUUAUUGUGAAAAUGGAAACUUGGAUAAAUUCUUACAAGAGCAAGUAAUUGCUAAAAAUACACGAUUAGAUGAUUGGAGAAUUUGGAAAAUAAUUGUUGAAUUAUGUUUAGCACUUAGAUUUAUUCAUGAUUCGUGUAAUAUCGUUCAUUUGGACUUAAAGCCUGCCAAUGUGAUGAUUACAUUUGAAGGUAACUUGAAACUAGGUGACUUUGGUAUGGCUACUCAUUUACCGCUAGAAGAUACAAGUUUUGAAAAUGAAGGUGAUCGAGAAUACAUUGCUCCAGAAAUUAUAUCAGAUAGUAUAUACGAUUAUAGAGCUGAUAUCUUUUCAUUGGGGUUGCUUAUUGUAGAAAUUGCAGCCAAUGUAGUACUACCAGAUAAUGGAUACGCUUGGCAUAAAUUAAGAUCUGGUGAUUUAUCGGAUGCUGGUAGGCUAAGUUCUAGUGAUAUCCACUCAGAAUCAUUAUUCUCUAACACUUCAAAAGUUGAUACUAACUUAACAGACUAUUCAAACAGUUCCUCCAAACGUCCAAAGAUUCCACCUUGGGUUCCAAGAUUCUUAACCGACGGAGAAUCCCUAGAUAGAAUGGUGAAAUGGAUGAUAGAACCUAAAUACAAGAAAAGACCAACUGCUGCACAAAUUUUACAUACAGAAGAAUGCAUUUAUGUCGAAAUGACAAGAAAGGCUGGCGCCGUCAUUCAGGAAGAUGAUUAUGGUCCUAAACCAAACUUUUUAACCUUUAAUUGA